AUGGAAGAACUGAAUGAAAGGGCACAAAACAAAACAACAGCGAUGGAAUUCACUUUUCUUGGCUUCCCUGAGUCUCACUAUGUACAGACGGGGAUCUUCUUGAGCUUUCUUUUCAUGUACAUCUUGACAGUUUUGGGGAACGUCACCAUUGUCAUUCUAGUGAUAACUAACUCUCAGCUCCACACUCCCAUGUACUUCUUGCUUUGGAACCUCUCUUUCCUGGAAAUAUGGUACACAACAGCCAUCAUGCCUAAAACCCUUUCCGUGUUUCUUGGAGACAGCACAAGCAUCUCCUUCAAUGGUUGCAUCGUGCAGAUGUAUUUCAAUUAUUCCUUUGGAUGCACAGAAUUCUUCCUACUAUCUGCUAUGGCUUAUGAUCGAUAUUUGGCCAUUUGUUAUCCACUGCAAUACAGCACCCUGAUGAACCUCAAACUCUGCUGCACGUUGGCUGCUGUUUCCUGGUUAUUAGGAUUCCUCGCUAUGUCUACACCAACAGUUCUGAUCUCAAAGUUAUCCUUCUGUGGACCCAAUGUGAUUAAUCAUUUCUAUUGCCACAUUGAUUCCUGGAUAUCUCUUUCUUGUUCUGACACCCAUGCUGUUGAAACAGCAAUGUUUAUUGUAGCCAGCACAGUCAUUCUGAGUUCCUGUUUGAUAACCUUUCUUUCCUAUGCUUACAUCAUUUAUACAAUACUGCAUAUUGCCUCUGCCAAAGGUCGUCGAAAGGCCUUUUCGACAUGCUCCUCCCAUUUUGCUGUUGUGGUUAUUUGGUUUGGCUCCACCAUGUUUCUUUAUAUCAAACCCUCUAAACGAGCAUCUGUAGAAAUGACCAAAUUUGUGAACGUGCUGAACACAAUUGUGACUCCUUUGUUGAAUCCUUUUAUCUACACACUCAGGAACAAAGAUGUGAAAGCGGCCUUGAAACAUUCAUUACACUGGGGACAAAGAAAAGUUUUGUGUGACUAA